AUGGGAACCGGACAUGACAAGACUAGAGAUCUGUCUAUUACUUUCACUGCACCAUCAGGCACCUCUACCACUCGUUUUCAUCAUUCUCUUUUUACUAGGAUUUCAAUAGUAAAGUUGGUCUGUAAGGACAAACUACCUCUGUCCGACUCAACUUUGACAUUUGAGAAAGAAGAUCCUGCAGACACCUAUAAUCUGAUUCUCACAAGCAAAUGUUGCUGUCCUGACCUCUGUCAAACAAAGCCUGAGCCUUCAUCAAGUAGUGGUCAUGGGUUGAGCAUUGGGUCCAUACUUUUAAUUGUGUUCUUCUCUCUUAUAUUCGUCUACAUCUUGUGUGGCAUUCUGUACCUUAAAUUCGUUCGUGGGGCAUCAGGUGUUGAGUUAAUCCCCAACUACUCAUUCUGGGCUCUGCUGCCCAGUUUAAUCAAAGAAGGAGUCGUAUUUCUAAUUGGCAAGUGCAGAGGUCAAGACACCAGUUCAACACAAUAUGAAAAGAUUUAGAGCAUAUUCAUUGUUCACGGUGAUGGUAUGUGACAGUGAUGUCAAAUUCCUAUAAUGUACACGCAACAAUAGGUUCAUAUUUGCUUUUGUGUUGUUGGUCUAUAUACAGUUUGAGAUAUAGUAAUUUAUUUUGAGAUAAAUCACAAUGCUGUAGUGUGCGAUUCGAUCAAUAUAGCAUCCAAUUGUCUAGUGAUUUGUGAAAUUAUUUCCAUGAGUUGUAUCACUUCUUCCCUCCUAU